AUGUCGCAUGAAACGGUUGUUCCGAUUACUGAACCUCGCCCCGAUUAUUCGGUGGGCCGAUCAGUUGGAAAACAGUUUACUUCAUUACCUGAAGACAAUAUCGAUGAGGAGUUUCGUAAUAGAUACCGCCUAAUGGGUAAUCGGAAUAUUUUUAAUGAUCGUUUAAACUCCCACUUUGCGGGAUUGCGAUUGUUUAAUAUGGAAAAUCCUAGCCGGCAGAGGUCUCUGUCCGUUGAAACUGAUACAAACGUCUCUGAUACGUCUUCUGUGGCUUUUGCAUACGAAGAAGACUACUCUGGAAAGAAAGUUGAUCCAGAACAAAUUUUUACUCGACAAGAGCGGAUAGGGCGGGGGUCGUUUGGAGAGGUUUUUAAAGGUAUCGAUCGCAGAAAUGGACAGACGGUAGCCAUCAAGAUUAUUGAUUUGGAACAAGCUGAGGAUGAAAUUGAAGACAUUCAGCAAGAAAUUAUGGUCCUCAGUCAGUGCGAUUCGCAAUACGUGACGAAAUAUUUCGGAUCUUAUUUGAAAGGGUCUAAACUGUGGAUAAUCAUGGAGUAUCUCGGAGGUGGUUCUGCACUAGAUUUGACGAAGAGCGGUAGACUGGAAGAAAGUCAUAUAGCUGUCAUACUCAGAGAAAUUUUGAAGGGUCUUGAGUACUUACACUCGGAAAGAAAAAUACAUCGUGAUAUCAAAGCUGCCAACGUCCUUCUCGAUCAACAAACCGGUGACGUCAAAAUCGCUGAUUUUGGAGUUGCAACGCAAUUGACAAUUAAUCGACGUGCGAGGUCUUUUGUUGGAACACCAUAUUGGAUGGCACCAGAAGUCAUUGGGCAAGACAGAUAUGAUGCAAAGCCCUGGGAUAAUCGAUGGAUUUACUCUGCAAAUGUUUUGCUUUCUGAGCAUGGUGAUGUUAAAGUCGCCGAUUUUGGUGUUGCUGGUCAGUUGACAGAGACGAUUAAGAAAAGGAUAACGUUUGUUGGCACUCCAUUUUGGAUGGCUCCUGAAGUAAUAAGACAGGCUUCUUAUGAUUUCAAGGCUGACAUAUGGAGCCUUGGAAUCACUGCGAUAGAACUUGCAAAUGGUGAACCGCCCCACGCUGAGCUGCAUCCUAUGCGGGUUCUGUUUCUUAUUCCUAAGAAUCCUCCUCCGCAGCUUAUUGGGAAUCAGUGGUCGAAGUCUUUCAAGGAGUUUGUGGAAUUGUGUCUGAACAAAGAACCAGAAAAUAGGCCAUCGGCAAAAGAACUUUUGAGGCAUCAGUUUAUUCGUCGAGCCAAAAAGAAUUCGAUCCUCAUUGAGUUAAUUGAAAGAAGUGCAGCAUUUAAAAAUACUAUCAGUCCCAGUAGCGAUUCGGAUCAGGAGGAUGACGUUGAAAGUCAGUCUGGUGAUGACCAAUGGCAGUUUACGGUAAGAGGUGCUCAGACAUCUAAUGAUACUGCUACAGAUACACUGAACCAAGAUACAGUUAGGCUAAGAAACAAUAAUAGAGCUCAAGGAAUAGCGAACAUUCCGCGACAGACAGAUGUUAGUCCGGAUGGAACAAUUGUAAACAGAAACAAUGACUCACGAGUGACCCAAGCGGCAAAUGAGUUGAGGCAGUUAUCUACACGUAACAGAAAUUCGGAUGUUGCACCAACACCUAACUUGCAGUAUCAACAGACGACAUCAAGUGGAGUUUCAGAUGGGGCUUUUCUAUCGGCAAACAGUAAUGCAACUACGAUUGCAGUUGCUUCUCCAACAGGUUCUCCUACUUCUUCUAUCCAGCGUCCUUCUUCGGCUGUAAUAAGUUCUUUGUCUCAACAAACCUCUAUACAUAAUGGGCGAUCAGGAUAUGCAGUCAGUAGUAAUGCUUCUUAUGGCUCUAAUGGACGUUCGUCUACAUCGCAGGCCGCCAUUCCAAACAGUCAUUAUAUGCUUUAUUCUAAAAAUAUUUCUUCAGAGGUUGACACGGUUGAUUACAAACCUAGACGGAAGGGAGCUCUAGAAUGUGCUUUGUUACCUGCGCUUGAUAAAUUGGCUUAUACUCGACAUGCUGGUGAUCAUCUAACCGCUGUUAAGAAAUCUCUGAGAAGUGCCGAAAAGUCUUGUCCAGGUUUGUGCGACCAGUUACUGUACGAGUUGCUGACUAGCUUAGCCAGUCCUCAAGCAACAGAAUCUGAAUUGCAGACUGCUAUUGACUGCCUCACUAAAUAG